AUGGCUUCCACUUCUCCCACUACUCCAUAUUUGAAGCACGAUGUAUUCCUCAGUUUUAGAGGCACAGACACCCGCAAUAGUUUUACCAGUCAUCUUUAUCAUGCUUUGCAGCGAAACCAGAUUGAUGCUUACAUCGAUGAUAAACUUGAUGGAGGAGAAAAGAUCGAGCCUGCCAUCUUGGAAAGGAUUGAAGAGUCGUAUAUUUCGGUAGUCAUUUUCUCUGAAAAUUAUGCAUAUUCUACUUUCUGUUUAAGAGAACUCUCCAAGAUUCUUGAGUGCAUGGAGACCAAACAACAGAUGGUUUUACCAGUUUUUCACCAACUUGAUCCAUGCCAAGUUCAAAACCUGUCUGGGAGUUAUGGAGAUGCACUUUGCAAGCAUGAAAAAGAUUGUGGUUCUAAAGAAGUAGAGAGUUGGAGAAAUGCCUUGAAAGAAAUAGCUAAUCUCAAGGGCUGGAAUUCAAACGUCAUUAAGGAUGAGGCCAAGCUAAUUGAGGAAAUUGUUUCUGACAUUCAAAAUAAAUUACUCCAUGCGCCCUCACCCCCAAUUAAUUCAGAAAGCCCAGUUGGAAUGAAAUCACGCCUUAAGGACAUCGAUUCAUUACUAUCCCUUGGAUCAACCGGUGUGCUCAUUGUGGGAAUCUGGGGGAUGGGUGGUAUAGGUAAGUCAACAACGGCUGAAGCUGUGUAUCAUCGAAACUGUAGUAAAUUUGAAGGCCAUUGCUUUUUCCAAAAUGUUAGGGAAGAAUCACAGAAGCAUGGAAUAGAUCAUGUACGACAGGAAAUUCUUGGUGAAGUAUUAGAGAAGAAAGAUAUGACUAUACGCACAAAAGUGUUGCCACUGGCCAUUAAGCGAAUGCUUCAAAGAAAAAAAGUUCUCAUAGUUCUUGAUGAUGUCAACGAUCCACAAGUUUUAAAAUAUUUACUAGGAGAGGAUGGUUUGUUUGGCCAAGGAAGUAGAAUCAUUGUGACAAGUAGGGAUAGGCAAGUGCUUAUAAAUGCAUGUGAUGAAGACAAAAUUUAUGAGGUCAAAAUUUUAGAUAAAGACGAUGCUCUUCGACUCUUCAGCUUACAUGCUUUUAAGCAAAAUAAUCCCAUAGAAGGAUCUAUUGGGCUAUCAAAAACCGUGGUAAGCUGUGUUAAGGGCAUUCCAUUAGUUCUCGAGGUUUUAGGUGCCAGUCUAUACAGAAAGACUAGUGUAGAAUACUGGGAAAGCAAGGUGGCACAGCUAAGAAAAAAUGGUGGCGAGGACAUUAAGAAAUGUUUGGAAAUGUGCUAUCAUGAACUAGAUCAGACAGAAAAGAAAAUAUUUCUUGAUAUAGCAUGUUUCUUUGGACGGUGCAAAAGGGAUCUCCUCCAACAAACACUAGAUCUGGAAGAAAGAAGUGGGAUAGAUCGUCUAAUUGAUAUGUGUCUCAUAAAAAUUGUUCAAAACAAGAUCUCGAUGCAUGAUGUGCUAGUAAAACUAGGGAAAAAAAUUGUCCACCAAGAAAACGUUGACCCUAGAGAACGUAGCAGGUUGUGGGAGGCUGAUGAUAUCUAUCGUGUAUUAACAACUCAGGGGACUGGAUCAAAAGUGGAAAGCAUAUCCCUCAUCUUGGAUACAACUAAAGACUUAAGUCCUACAGCAUUUGAAGGGAUGUAUAAUUUAAGAUUGCUCAAAAUCUACUACCCACCGGAUCCCUCAAAGGAGCAAAUUAUGAACGGAAAGAGGGUCGGAAUCCACCUUCCAGGAGGGCUUCACUGUCUUUCAAGUGAGCUAAGGUUUCUCUACUGGUAUAAUUACCCUUUGAAAUCCAUGCCAUCAAAUUUUUCCCCUAAGAAAGCUUUUCAACUUGAAAUGCCUUGUAGCCAGCUUGAACAACUUUGGAAUGAAUACCAGCCACUUGAGAAUUUAAAAUUAAUGAAACCCCCUUCCUCAAAGCUGAGCUUAAUUGAUUCAGACCUGUCUAAAGUCCCACACCUUGAGGCUCUACAUCCAGGUAUACCUUCCUCGAUUAAAUACAGCACCAGAUUUACCACAUUAGAGCUUCCCAGACUUGAGAGUUUCUGUACUUUGCCAUCAUCAAUUGGGUGCCUCUCUCAACUUGUUAGAUUAAACUUACCUUUAUGUGAAAGUCUUGCUAGUCUACCAGACAACAUUGAUGAGUUAAAAUCUCUUGUAGAGCUUGAUCUUUAUUCUUGCUCAAAACUAGAAAGUCUUCCAAAUAGCAUUUGCAAGUUGAAAUGUCUUACUAAGCUUAAUCUUGGUUGUCAGCCAAAACUAGCAAGUCUACCUGACAACAUUGGGGAGCUGAGAUCUCUUGUAAAGCUUAGUCUUUCUUCUUGUUCAAAACUAGCUAGUCUACCCGACAGCAUUGGCGAGUUGAGAUCUCUUGUAGAGCUUCAUCUUUCUUCUUGCUCAGGACUAGCAAGUCUACCAGACAGCAUUGGUGGAUUGAAAUCUCUUGAAUGGUUUGAUCUUAAUGGUUGCUUUGGACUAGCAAGUCUACCAGACAGCAUUGGUGGAUUGAAAUCUCUUCAAUGGUUUGAUCUUAAUGGUUGCUUUGGACUAGCAAGUCUACCGGACACCAUUGGCGCGUUGAAAUCUCUUCAAUCACUUAGUCUUCGUGGUUGCUCAGGCCUAGCAAGCCUACCGGACAUAAUUAGCGGGUUGAAAUCUCUUAUGUGGCUUAAUCUUUCUGGUUGCUCAGGACUAAAAAGUCUACCGGAUAGCAUUGGCGAGUUGAAACAUCUUACUACGCUCCUUCUCAGUGGUUGCUUAAAACUAGCAAGUCUUCCAGACAACUUCAUUGAUCUUGAAUUUAGAGGACUUGACAAACAGCGUUGUUAUAUGCUGAGAGGAUUCCAGAAAGUAGAAGAAAUUGCAUCAUCCACCUAUAAAUUGGGCUGCCAUGAAUUUUUAAAUUUGGGAAAUUCUCGUGUGUUAAAAACUCCAGAGAGCUUAGGCUCUUUGGUGUCGCUAACAAAUUUGAGAUUAUCUCAGAUUGAUUUUGAGAGGAUACCUGCAAGCAUCAAGCACCUUACUAAGCUACGUGAACUCUUUUUAGAUGAGUGCAAGCGGCUUCAAUGUUUACCAGAGCUUCCAUCAACUCUACAAGUUUUAAUAGCAUCAGGCUGCAUCUCUCUAAAAUCUGUAGCAGGUAUAUUUAUGCAAGGUGAUAGAGAAUAUGAAGCUGCUUCUCAGGAAUUCAAUUUCUCUGAAUGCCUCCAACUGGAUCAGAAUUCACGCACUAGAAUUAUGGGUGAUGCCCGUUUACAAAUUCAACGCACGGCAACAUCAUUGUUUGAUCAGCAAUAUCAUUGCAAGCCCAUUAGAGUUCGGUUGUGUAUUCCUGGGUUGGAAGUUCCGGAGUGUUUUAGUUAUAAAAAUAGAGAAGGAUCUUCAGUAAAAAUCGGGCAACCAGCUCAUUGCUAUCGUGGUUUCACUUUCUGCGCUGUUGUUUCAUUUGGCCAAAGCGGGGAAAGGCGUCCGGUUAAUAUUGAAUGUGAAUGCCAUUUGAUAAUCAAAGAUGGAACCCAGAUUGAUCUCAGUUCCUACUACUACGGAAAAUAUGAAGGAAUGGCGAGCAGUACUGUAUGGAAAAGGGAGCAUGUGUUCAUUUGGAGUGUCCACUCUAAGUGCUUUUUCAAGGAGGCCUCGUUCCAUUUCAAACCACUGUGCGGAGCCACUGAUGUGGUGGUUCAGUGUGGAGUUCAUCCAUUGUUAAAGUAGGAGCAACCAUGCGCUAAAAUGGACAAACUUGUGACAUUGCACUGUAGCGCAGAUAAUUAUCUAGUAUUAACUAUAAACUAAAAGAGAAGAGGUUCGAGAACAAUCGAUUCCAGAAGCCAAGGAAGCAACCAGUGACUUCAAGCAUACAUGUUGAUUGGUUUUGAUAUUGAAACACACAGUACAUUCGUAUUGACAUUUUCACUUUCAGAUUUUGUGUUCUGCUCAGGACUCAAAACUCAACACUCAAUAUGUGAGAUUUUCUGAUAUCAUUCAAUUGUACAUCUCAAGUCCUUGAAUUAUGUAUCCUUUGAGUUCUCUGAAUGAUGUGUCCCCUGCUUCCUUGAGUGACAUGAAGGAUUUGUAUGGUAUAUUUGCAGUUCAGGCAUGUCAAAGUUUCAUGUUUUUGUUCUUUCGGGGAUGCAUGGUUUGUACUCCUCUUAUUAACUUUAUGUUCAUUGUGAAUGAAACCUAAGUACAGUAUAAAGACUCUGUUGUCA